AUGGCGGACUCCAAACCCACGCCGCCCGAGGCGGCCGCAACCUCGAACACUGCCCCCUCAACGUCUACCACGGCCACGACCACGAACACGACCGCCGCCGCCGCCUCGGCCGCUGAGGGCUACAAAGCCGCGAAACCGAACCCCGUAUGGCAGAUGAUGGGCCUCCGCGGGCCCCCGAAGCGCCUCCCCUCGCGCAACUGGAUGAUCUUCCUCUCCCUGACGGGCGCCUUCUCCGCCGCCGUCAUCUACGACAAGCGCGAGAAGAACCGCGCCACCGCCCGCUGGGCCCGCGCCGUCGCGCCCCUCGCCCGGGAGACCCUCGCCAGCCCCUCCGAGAUGCCGCGCAAGCUCACCAUCCUCCUCGAGGCGCCCCCCGGCGACGGCCUGCGCGUCGCCCAGGACCACUUCCUCGAGUACGUCAAGCCCGUCCUCGCCGCCUCCGGCCUCGACUGGGACUUCGUCCAGGGCCGCCAGCAGGGCGACGUCCGCGCCGCCGUCGCCGAGAAGAUCCGCCGCCGCCGCUCCCGCGAAGAGCGGCCCGACCAGGAGCUGCUGCCCACCGAGGAGAACGUCCGCGACGCCGUGCGCCGGAAGAACGGCGUCCCCGAGUACGGCGGCCCCGCCGGUGACAUCGUCAUCGGCCGCCACACCUGGAAGGAGUACGUCCGCGGCCUGCACGAGGGCUGGCUCGGCCCCCUCGACCCGCCGCCCAAGCCCGAGGCCGAGGCCGCCGCGACAACGACGACGCCGCCUCCGCCGCUGCAGCAGCCGGCAGCACCGAAGAGGGAGAAAAAAAAGGACGACGACGAACCCCCCAAGGAGGAAGAAAAGAAGCCCGACCGCCCGCCCCAGCCGGUCCCCCACAACACCCCCCUCGACUACGCGGCCUCCCACCUGCCCCCGCACAUCCCCGACGAGUUCUCCCCGUCGGACGCCAUCCCCUUCCCGCACCUCCUCGGCUUCGCCGGCACCUUCACCCGCCUGCAGCGCUACCUCACCCGCCGCCGCCUCGCCGACGACAUCGGCCGCCAGGUCGCCGCCGCGUGCUUCGCCGCCUCGCGCGAGUGGCGCGGCGACGACGAGGACGAGCUGCAGCGCGCCCUCGAGCACGAGGAGGCCAACUGGGUCAAGAGCGUGUGGAGGGAGGCCGCCGAGGCGCCCGAGUCCGCCGACGAGGCGGAGCGCGCCAAGGAGCGCAUCUGGACGAGCCCCGUCGUCGUCGACCCGCGCAUCGCAGGCCGCAUGCGCCGCUUCGAGAUCCGCCCGGAGGACGAGGAGCGCGCGCGCCAGAUCGUCGUGCCCGAGGAGGAGAUUGAGGGCUGGAUCAAGGGCAGCCUGCGGUCGCUGGGCCGCUGGGCCCGGGACGCCGUCAGUGGCGGCCGGCCCAAGGGCCCCAACGUCGGCGACAGUGACGACGAGUGA